AAAUAAUUUAAGCAUGCUUUAUAUUGCGUGGAGAAGGUGGUUUACAGUAUCGGUUUGUGGUUAACUCAUUGGGUAUUCGUGUCAGUCGUCAGAGGCGAGGUGUUAGAGGGGGAGAUAGUAUAUAUUGGAAUGCACUUGACUUCCAGAUGCCUGAAACAAGCGAGGCCGCAGCCCUUUGCGGUGUCACAGUUUGAAGGAGCUCCGUCGCGUUGCUUCUAAACUCGGGGAAGGCGCCGCUUUAAGAAGAGCCGCGGACAGGCAUCCGAGUAUCACCUGGCUCUGCGUCUCCGCAGCACCUAGACUGGCUUCAGCCCUCACUCGCCACCACCCCCACCGUCCUCCGGCGGCUCACCUGAUCGAUCGCGCACAGUGAGCGCCGCCGAAGGCAGGGGGAGCUGAAAUUCAACCCGGGCAGCGCUGGAGAUGCUCGACCUGGUGAGGCGGCGUGCUGGCAUUCGGAACGGGCUGCCUCGGACAUCCGGAGUCCAGUGACACCUGCCACCCCGUUCCUUUCAUUCACCGGGACACACACCCGUUAUCUUUCUUCGUUAAAAUAGUGAUAACCCUCUCCAGUUCGGCCAUGCAGCUGCCUCCUAAGGAACCACAGAAAAAGAGCUUGCGGGAUUUGGCAAUUGAGAUCGGCAUGAGAGUUUUCCUCUUCGGAGUUUUUGUUUUCACAGAAUUCCUGGAUCCUUUCCAGCGAGUCAUUCAGCCUGAAGAGAUCUGGCUGUACAAGAAUCCCAUUGUGCAGUCAGAUCACAUACCUACUCGGAUAAUGUUUGCCAUUUCAUUCCUCACACCUCUGGCUGUGAUCUUUGUGGUCAAAAUAAUUCGAAGAACAGAUAAAACAGAGAUUAAAGAGGCUUGUUUAGCUGUCUCUCUGGCCCUUGCUCUGAACGGAAUCUUCACCAAUACGAUUAAGCUAAUAGUGGGAAGACCCCGACCUGAUUUCUUUAACCGCUGUUUUCCCGAUGGUGUGAUGAACCCUGAGAUGCACUGCACAGGUGACCCAGAUGUAGUUUCAGAAGGCAGAAAGAGCUUUCCAAGCAGCCAUUCCUCUUUUGCUUUUUCAGGUCUGGGUUUCACCACCUUCUACUUAGCUGGGAAGUUGCACUGCUUCACGGAUAUCGGCCAAGGAAAGAGCUGGAGACUGUGUGCUGCUAUCCUUCCUUUAUACUGUGCAGUGAUGAUUGCCUUGUCACGGACAUGUGAUUACAAGCAUCACUGGCAAGAUGCACUGGUCGGUGCCUUGAUUGGCAUCAUCUUUGCCUACCUUGCCUACAGACAACAUUAUCCAUCACUGAGUCACACCGAAUGCCAUAAACCACACGUCUGUCUCGUGGUUCAGGUAUCAGCUGAUCAGGAAGAAGCAUCCACUCCAGAGAAAGCUACCAGCCUGGCUUUAGAGGGAGUAAACGAGGGUCCUGUAUGACUAGCACACUUCUAACAUGGACAAUUAUCCCUCCAUACAUUCCACAUAAAUCAAAACAAAAUCUACUUAAAAUUCAUUCCAUAACAAUCUCAUGUACUUUUGUCCUUCAUAUAUCCAAUGGAAAGCAAAAUGAUUAACAAAUUAUUUUGCUUUCAAAGUAAUGGUAUACAUUGAUGUCAUCUGAGAAAAGAAAUUCAUUUUAAAAUGGUCAUCAGAUAUUAAACAUGGUAAAAAUGGCAAUGUUCUUUAAAUGCACAAGAAAUCAAAAAAAUAAUUCUGAAUGAAAUUUAAUUACAGUGCAAGACUGAAGCAACGUUAAGAUAUUUGCACAAUAUUGAAAGAAAAUGCAUUAAUUAUAUAUAAUUACAAUACUGACAGUAUGAAGAGAUCAUGGAUAGAUCUGAUUAACGGGUAAUUAAAAAUUUUGAUGAAUGCUGUGAAAUUAGUAUUGUGAAACAAUUAUACAGGUUGCAGUGAAGAUGUAGUUAUUAAUGGC